UCCGUCAACACAACAAUGGCGGACGCCGCGGAGGAAGCUCUUCAGGGCAGCUGGGACCAGGAUCUAGCUGAGGCUCUGGACUCGGGCGGCUCUGACAUGGAGAUGGAGCGGAGCAUCAUCCAGGUCCAGGAGCAUUCAGCUCAACACCGGGCCAAGAUGUGGAAGAUCGCUCUGAAUGUCUCUGGAAAAGGAGACAGCCUGUCUCCCUGGGACGGCGUGCUCGAUUUACCAGAACAGACUCUCAUUCACAACCGCAGUCAACAGCUGAUUGAUCAGCUGGAAGCAUCCGAGGAGGAGAGGAGUGACAUGGUGUCUGACGUUGAGUCGGUCAUCACGUUCUACUGCAAGUCCCGUAACAUCUCCUUCACCCCGGAGCUGAGCUGGCCGCACCUGCUCAAACCUCUGCUGGGACUUCAGCUUCCCCGCAGCGAUCUCUACAACUGCUUCUACGCCGUCAUGAACAAAUACAUCCCCAGGGACUGCGUGCCAAACGGCCGACCCUUCCACCUGUACAGACUACUGCUGCAGUACCAUGAGCCAGAGCUCUGCUCCUUCCUGGACACCAAAAAGAUCACACCUGACUCCUACGCCAUCAACUGGAUGGGCAGUCUGUUUUCCAGCCACUGCCUUCCCGACGUCACCCAGGCCUUGUGGGACUGCUACUUCCAGCAGGCCGACCCCUUCCUCAUCUUCUUCCUCAUGCUCAUCAUCCUCGUCAAUGCCAAAGAGUCCAUCCUUUCACAAGAAGGACAAAGCAAAGAGGACAUCAUCAAAAUGCUGGAAUCGUCCCCAUCUCACCUGGAAGCCGAAGACAUUGAAGAUUUGUUUUCUCUGGCUCAGUAUUACCAGAGUAAGACCCCUCUGUCCCUCAGAAAGAUGAACCAGAAUCUGUUUGGGAGCAGCCUGGUGGCUCUGAAAGAAGAGGACACGGACCUGAGUCAGGCGCUGUGUCUCCCGGUGUCUGUCCCUGAGAUCCUGCAGGCCAACCAGCUGCAGCAGGACGGGGUGCGUUUCUUUGUGGUGGAUUGUCGGCCUGCAGAGCAGUACAAUGCUGGACACCUGUCCACGGCCUUCCACCUGGACUCUGACCUGAUGCUCCAGAACCCCUCUGAGUUCGCCCUCUCUGUGAAGUCCCUCUUGGAGGCUCAGAAACAGUCUUUGGAGUCCGGCUCCAUUGCCAGCGGAGAGCACCUGUGCUUCAUGGGCAGCGGCAGGGAGGAGGAGGACAUGUACAUGAACAUGGUGUUGGCCCACUUUCUACAGAAAAACAAAGAAUACGUCAGCAUUGCUAAAGGAGGUUUCAUGGCUCUCCAAAAGCAUCUGGUGGACAUGAAUAUUGAGGGUUUGGACUCUUCAUACCUCCACUGGAUCGUCAGCACGUCAGGAUCUCACAGCAGCCUCAGCUCGGCUGAUGGAGAGUCACUAAGUAGCCCUGGAGACGGCAAAGGCGUCAAGUCUUUGGUCAACAAAAUGACGUUUGCUCUAAAGUCCAAAUCAGUGAACGUGAAGGAGAAGAUGAUCAGCUUCAUCGAGAAUACCUCCACUCCUGUAGACAGAAUAUCUUUCAAUCUGCCGUGGCCAGAGAAGGUGAUUCCAGAUCGGCAUGUGAGCAGCAGCGACCGCGUCGGCAAACCUUACCGGGGGGUGAAGCCCGUGUUCAGUAUUGGUGACGAGGAGGAGUACGAUACAGAUGAGAUCGACAGCUCAUCCAUGUCAGACGAUGACAGGAAGGAGAUCGUCAACAUUCAGACCUGGAUAAACAAACCAGACGUAAAACAUCACAUUCCAUGUAAUGAGGUGAAAGAAACAGGUCACAUGUUCCCCAGCCACUUGUUGAUCACAGCCACUCACAUGUACUGCCUGCGCGAGAUCGCCUCGAGGAAAGGUUUCGCCUACAUCCAAUCCAGACAAGCACUGAACUCCGUGGUGAAGAUCACAUCCAAAAAGAAGCACCCAGAACUGAUCACGUUCAAGUUCGGCACCAACAACUCAGCUGGAGUGGAGAUAUCAGCAGUCGAGAGAUAUUUGAUACCCAACGCAGGCGAUGCCACCAAGGUCAUCAAGCAGCAGAUCAUGAAGGUCCUCGACGCUCUGGAGAGCUCGUAAAGCGAGACGACGGGGUCGUGACGGCCAGCCGUGACACGAACUGUAAGAAGAGUCUCUGUCUGCCGAGAGUGACACCUUCUCCUCCCGCUCUCCCUCCUGGACAGACCCGGUGCAGCGUUGACCGUGAGGCCCUGUGUGUCAGUGUUUGGGACCUGGGUGUGCACACUGCUGGCUGCGGGCCUGUGGGACACGCUGUGUGUGUUGAAAUACUUAGGUGCUCCGCAGUCAUCUUCUUAAACUAAGUUAAGAAAUAUUAGUUAUGCUGUAUGUUCUUCUUCAUUGUUCAAACAUGGGAUCUCAUCAGUGCAAUUCUACUUUUGGCGACGUCCCUCUGGCCUUAACGUAGCGGACUGACCGACCUGCUCGAUCACUACAUGACUGACCUUUGACUUCUCGAUUCUGACCCGUUUGUUUUGCUUUUUGCAGUGAACAGUAUUGCUGCUCAGUCGUGUCUCUUAGUUUAGCUCUCGGAUGCUCUGAGAGCAGAUUUAACGAUCGUUGUUCUGGUCGGACUACUUUAACAACAUCAACACGCACAUUUUCAAAAAAACGAAGCAUUGCUGGCACAUGAGUCGGGUUUCCUACAACUGUUUUUGAUAACUUUGAUUUCCCAGCAGGCCGCCUUAAAGAGAAAUUAUUUGAGGACGUUUAUAAAUACACAGAACUUUGCAAUGUCGUUUUAAAAGCAUAUCCUGAUAGUUAAAACUGCAGUGAAACUUAAACUGGCUUCUAAACCAGCUGAAGCUCCCCUUCUUUCUAGAGUGAGAAGUUCGCCUUUUACGGUUUUCUGGAGUUGAUUUAUUCUUUGUUUUUACAUAUAAAUAUGAAUAAAAGUUAUGUUAGGCUCUUUAAUUUUGACGACAUUGGGCAAAAGUACCAAUGAGCACAUUUAUUCAAGUGGUCUGUGAGAACACUUGACGUCUGCUUGGCUUCAUUUUCUGGCUUCAGAAUAUACAGCCUGUGAUGCAAAUUUUGGCCAUUUUCAGAGAGAACAGCUGUCAGUCAUGUCAAUCACUGAUCUCGAACUGUGAUUUAAACUGAUUUUGACACUUAGUUCAUUUAGUUAAAGCGACAGCUCACAUCUCAGUGCUAUUCAUCGUUUUUACAGACUACUUUAGAUAAAACCAUUUCCUUUCUGUUGGAGAAUGUGCAGUCUGUGCAGCGCUGGGUCUGAAAUUUAGCUUUGACUCGCCUCUGCAGCAGCUGCUCCUGUUGUAUGCAGGACGGCGAGGCGGCACAACGGCGUGAUAUUCCUGCCUUGAGCAAGCUGUGUAAAUGCUGCUUAUGAAAAAACUAUUUUAGGCUUUUUUUCUCAUUUUGGUCAACAUGACACUUGGCUUUAAAACGUGGUGCACUUUUGGGGGUCCUGGUUUGACCCCAGUUUGCAAGCAGCGAUCGACAUGAUUGACAGCUGUGUGUCAGAGACUCCUUUGCUCUGAUUGGUUGUUUUAAGGUUCUUACAGACGCCAUCAGGAGCACUCUGAGGAGACAGAGGAGCAUGAUUUUUUCACAGAUUAUCUGUCUCAUGUACGACUGUCAAGAUCUUGUGAUGGUUAAAGAAAACUAACUUUUUGUUGUUUUUGCUAAAAAAUGACCUACUGUAGCUUUAACUUUGUCUCACAGCAGUCUGAUGUAGCUCUCAGAAAGCGCCGCUCGCUGCCCCUCUGGACUACAUUAGUAUUAUAACAGGAGCGUCAGUGACUGUCGUUGUUAAACCUUUGAACCCAAAGCAAAUUGGUGAAAUUUCACUUUUAAAAAACAGGAAAAAAAGCAAUGAGCAACUUG